UAGGUUUUCUUCCUCUUUGCCUUUGGUUAACUUCAAUUUCCCUCAGAGACCCAAAAACCCUAAUCAAUCACAAUGAAGUACAACCCUAGAGUCUCCAGCUCCCGCCGUAAGAAUCGCAAGGCACACUUCUCCGCGCCGUCCAGCGUACGGCGGAUUUUGAUGAGUGCGACCCUCUCCGGCGACCUUCGUUCUAAGUACAAUGUCCGCUCCAUGCCGAUCCGGAAGGACGACGAAGUUCAGGUCUUGAGAGGAACGUACAAAGGCCGUGAAGGUAAGGUCGUACAGGUCUACCGUCGCAAGUGGAUCAUUCAUAUUGAGCGCAUCACUAGAGAGAAAGUGAAUGGCUCCACUGUUAAUGUUGGAAUUAAGCCGUCGAAGGUUAUGAUUACGAAGCUCAAGUUGGAUAAGGAUAGGAAGUCGUUGCUUGAUCGUAAGGCUAAGGGUCGUGCUUCUGCAGAUAAGGAUAAGGGUACUAAAUUCACUGCUGAGGAUAUUAUGCAAAGCGUCGACUAAUUUUAAUCUGGUGAAAAUUUUUGAAAUUUCCUCUUAGUUUUAGUUCUUACCCUGUUUUUAUUUGCUUUCAAACUUGAGGUUUUGUCUUUGUUUGUUCUGGAAUGAGGAGACAAUGUUUUAUUGUUUUUUAAUUUUGAUGCUUCGAGUUCUGCCUUUGCUCUCAAUACCUGGAUUUUUUUGUUAUUUUUCAAUGCAAUAUCAUAAGAUUCCUUUCUUCAUA